AUGGAUUUCCGUGUUGUAGUCGGUAUUGGUAAGCGUAUGGAGAAGGAAGAGUGUAAAUGUAGCAGGGGCCCACUGAAAACAAAUACCGUUCUCCAGUAUGAUAAUGAAUGGAACGUAACCAAGUGGGGAUAUCCUGCAUUGGCUGAGCGUCCCAAAUACAGAAUGAAGAGAAUAUUUGCUCAGAGUGAGACUCGUUCCGUAGAGCUGUUUAAAUUGCAUCUGGGGAACAUUGCUCAGGAUAAAAAACCAAGAUUGCCGAGAGGGCUAGACUAUCGAAAAGCAAUUACAGAUUAUCUUGAAAAACUGAAUGAGUCUAUUAGGAAGGCAGUGCAAACAAGAUGGCCAAAACUUGACUAUCACUCUCACGUAAUCAAAAUCAUGACCGUACCAGCAGAAUAUGAUGAGGAAGCACGGUAUAUUAUGCGCGCAUGCGCAUUUAGUGCGGGAAUAAUGAACACUUUAAAUUCGGAAGGCUUAAAGUUUACCAGUGAACCCGAGGCGGCUGCGAUAUAUUGCGUAAGAGCGUUGCCAAAAGACCUUCAUCUUAACCCAGGCUUGGUAGACUGUGGUGAAGACACAGUAGACCUGACAACACGGACUCUUCUUACUGACAACAAACUAUCCGAAAUUACCGAACGCACUGGUGACUUUUGCGGCAGCGCCUACGUUGAUCGUGAGUUCAUAAAAUAUAUUGCAUCACAAUUCCGCGCUAGAGUCAAAUUUGAAUUCGAUGGGGACAGGUUUACUACGAAGGACUUCGAUAUUGAAGAAAUCUGUCCAUUAUUGAUGCAAUACGUUCAGGGAGAGGAAAAAGAACGAAUGGAGGAAUCAGAAUGGAUGAUCGAGCUGGAUUACAAACUGUUAAAAACGAGAGCUAUGUCAGCAAUAUUCUUGAUCGGAGACUUUUCAGAAUCAAUGUAUUUAGUGCAGAGGGUUAAGAGUGAAUUCUUUCAUAAAGUGACACUUCUUGCAGUUCCAUCCGAAUCUAUUGCUGCUGUCGCACGGGGUGCGGUAUACUAUGGUCUCGAUAUGAUUGCAACAACAGGCCUCUAUCUGACUAAAGGACCAAGUCUCGAUGUGACUGCAGGACCAAGUUUCACUUCGUUCGUGGCAGUAGGAACUCGUAUCCUAAAAUACACGUGCGGAAUUGAGAUUUCCGAUACAGGAGACCCGCCUCAUCAUCAUCACUCGCGUCGUGGUCGUCGAAACAUCUUCAAACGUCUUGCUCAGCGUGGCAUGGAAGUACCCGUUGAUUCUAAAUUUGGAUAUGAAUUGGUGUCAUCACGCCGUAAUCAGACGCAAAUGAAGAUUAACAUAUACACCACUCGUGAAGAUACAGCAAAAUAUUGUGACGAUCCCGGUGUGGAGCCGUUUGGACAGCUUUUCAUUGUAUUUCUUACUAACAAGUCAGUUACUGUAGAGUUACCUAAAGCUAAUCUCGGACUCGCUCAGUCGGUAGAUUUUAGCCUUAUAUUUGGAAAAACGGAUAUAAAAGCACAGGCUAAAGACAAACUGACCGGGAAUAGAUCUGAAGCUUCAUUCGCUCUUGAGCUGUAG